GGUGCGGAGGCGGAGGCCGCCGCGGGUGGGGGAAGGGCGGGGGGAGCCGCCCUCCCUUCUCCGCCCCGCCGGGGGCCCCUGUUCCUCUAGGGCUCCUCCGCUGCUAAGGCAGCCUCUGCCCUUGCCGCCGUCAUUUCUCCCCGGUGUCCCCACGGACCCCGCUCCGCUUCCUGUAGCAGUCUUGGUUCCUGCUAACUUGCGGGCCAGCUUGUACUGAACUAGAUGGUGCGGAUGCAGAGUGUCAGCACGAUGUCUUCCUCCAGCCCUGAGGAUACCCCCCGCGAGCCUGAGUCUGAGCCUGAACCCUCAACCUCCAAGCAGAAACAGAGGGGAAAGCGGCCACGGCAAGCGGCCAGCGUCCACGCCCUCACCAGGGCUGGCCACGGGGCGCUCCUGGCUGGCCGGAACCACGAAGCCCUGACCAGCUUCCAGAGGGCCUUCGUCCUGGCCUCGGAGGCCCCGCAGACUCGCGACACCCCUGUUCUCCGGGCCUGUGCCUUCAACCUGGGGGCUGCCUACGUGGAGACCGGGGACCCAGCGGGCCUCGAGCUGCUCCUGAGAGCCCGACCUGAGGAGAAGGCGCAGGGCAGGCGUCAUGGCGACCAGUUGUUUCAACGUGGCUUGGCCUACCACGCCCUGGGCGACCCGCCUCAAGCUUUGGCCUGGUACCACAGGGCCCUGGGUCACUACCAGCCACUAGGCGACCGUGGGCAAGUCCAGGCAAAAAUGGGAGCCUGCUACCAGGCUCUGGGACAGUCUGAGCUGGCAGCCCACUGUCUGCAGGAGGCAAGCCGGGCCUACGCCCAAGCAGGGCAGCCCCAGGCUGCGGCCUUGGCCUUGGGGGCUGCGGCGGGGUGUAUGCUGAAGAGCCGGCGGCAUGGGGUGGGCGCGGUGACGCGGGUGCUGGAGGAGAGCCGGAGGCUCGCUGAGAGGAGCCCUGAGCACAGACUGCUGGGGCAUCUCUAUAACGACCUAGGCCUGAGCUACUGCCAGCUCCAGCUGUUCCCGCUUGCAGCGGAGGCCUUCCUGCGGGCCCUGCCCCUGUGUCGCGGGCCGGGAGAGGAGGCCACGGUGCUGAGAAACCUCGGGACGGCCCACAGUGCCCUCGGCAACUACCGGCAAGCCCGGGAGUGUCACCAGAAGGCUGCUGACCUGCAUGGCUCUGGGGGGCAGCGGCGGGAGCAGGGCCGGAGCUUUGGCAGCCUGGCGUUUGUACUGAGCCAGCUGGGGGACCACAGGGCGGCCAGAGACAACUACCUACACGCCCUGCAGGCGGCCCGGGACACUGGGGACACGAAGGGCCAAUGGCAGGCCUGCGAGGGGCUGGGGGCUGCCGCAGCCAGACUGGGGCAGCACGACCAGGCCUUGACGUACUAUAAGGAGGCGCUGGCUCGGAGUCAGAAGGAGCCAGACUCUGUGCGGGACCGGCUGGUGGCCAAGCUGGCAGACGCCAUGAGGACCCACCUGGCCCGGGCCGGGCUCGUCCCCACGCACGCCCUGACUUCGGCUCCAGGGAGGCCCCAGGCUCCAGGAGGGCCGGGAAGGGCAGAGUGGAAGUGAGGCACAGGUCUUCGGGCGGGUGGGAGGAAGAGGAAUUGGAGGAGGGCCAGGAGGAGAGAGAGGACCAGGCCCCACCGGAUGUCCCCCCCGC